AUGAAUUUCUUCAAAUUCAAAGGGCUCACGUCAAAUGACAAUGAUAACAAUAGUAAUAAAUCCACUAUAACACAAGCUAUAAACCCCGAGGCCGCAACAACAACAACUACCACAAUCGGGCGAUCAAAUGAACACGUUAUAAUACCGUCUGAAACUGAUCUAUCCACCAAGAUAUUUCAAUUGAAAAACUUAAACUCAGAUGGUAAGAAGUCAUAUACAGGUACCCCUAAUUCCGACACGAAGAUUAGUAGGAGCAUUGAAUUUAAUAACUAUUUAAGAGUUAUUGAAAGAACAUUCAAUUCAAGCUUGAAAUCUCGUGCUAAAUUGAUUUAUGAAUUAAUAUUGAAUGACUCUGUAGAUAUUGGACCUCCUGACUUAAUCCAUAUGACCACUCAUGAUGAUUAUCAUAAUCUAAAUAUAGGUGAAUAUUUCCAUAUCACAGGGAUAGAUUGUUCUAAUGAAUUGAUGCCUUUAUCGUUUCUUAAAUUAUUGAAUUCUUCUUCAUUGUCAUCAUCAUCCUCUACAUCAAAUUCCGCAACCGCAUCCUCACAUAUAAAACACAAUACUAACGAUGACAUUUCUUCAUAUUCAUGCUUUAAUAUAUUCUCAAAAGUCGAUUUAAGAUUAAAUUAUAAAUCUGAAUCAAUCUAUCAAAUCAAUCUGAUUAAAUAUCAUGAAAAGAUAACAAGUUUAGGUAACAAAAAAAUUGAAGAACAAAUUCUACAAUUAAAUGAUGAAAUUUGGUUAGAAUGUUUCGUUAGUAAUAUUAUUAGAUCAUUAAUAAUAAACAAUGACAAAGAAAGACAAAUUCCAAUAUUAAUACAAUACCCAGUAUUUCAAAAAAAUAAUGAAAAUUUCCUAGUUGAAACAUUAUGUCAAUUUAUACCAAGAUUUUCAGAAUGUGGAUGGGAUUCCACUAAAUCUGCCUUCCCCACUAUCAUUCACAAUUAUUUAACUGAAGCAUUAUUAAUUUAUUUGAAAUUAAAUCCAAAAUUAAUAAAUCAUACUUUAAAUCAUUUAAAGAAAUUAAGUGACAUCAUGGAUCCACAUAACGCGACGUAUUAUAAAAUUAUAAGUAUCGCAAUAAUGAAUCAAAAUGGUCAAAUGGAAUUACAAUUAAUCAAUUCAAUUCACAAUCUUUUAGAAACUUUAUUCCAUAAAUUAUAUUCUCAAUCAAAUAAGCAAUCACAUUCACAUAUAUCAGUUCAAUUGAUUAAUUGUAUUACAAUAUUAUUAAACUAUCAAACUAAUUUCUUACUAAAGAAAAAAGAUAUUACGACAGCACUACAAAUAGCGAAAUAUUGUACAAACCUAUCUUCAGAUUCAUUUUAUUCAUGGUAUAAUUUAGCAAAUUGUUACAUACAUAUGAAACAAUAUGAUCUAGCUUUAAUUGCAAUAAACUCAUUACCAUUCUUACCACCCACAAACAUAAAGAAACAAUUACAAUCAUUCCAACCUUCCACUUAUUUCAAAAGACCAAACUCACCCACAGAUGACAAGGACAACCUUAGAUUUAAUUUGACACCAAUUCAAUUCAAUAAUAUAACAAGAUCUUUAAAAAAUUUAAAUUUAUCUGAAAUGCAAUUAAAAUCAUUAAUAUUUAAUAGGUCCAUAUAUACACCACAACAAUCAAAAUUAGGUGAAAUUUCCAAAAUUUGGAAUAAAGAUUGUCUUGACAUUGGUCCCAUAUAUGGUCCAGAUUCCAACAACUUAAUCGAUUUCAUCUCUUCCAAUGAAUUCAAUUCAAUCAAAAAUACAAACAACGCAUCGCUUCUAUUGAAGAGAAGUAUGGAGACAAGACAAUCUAGUUUCAUAUAUGAGAAAAUCUCACAUUUAUUAAUCAAGAUAAUCAAUGAAAUCGGCUGGAAUGAACUAUUACAAAUUAGAGGUAGAACUUUCGUCAUGGAAAGAGAAUAUAAUGAUAACGCUCCGAAUAGAGAGAAAGAAUUUAAGAAUAAGAGAGUUUGUCAACGGUGGUUAGAUCAAAUAUUCAUGGAUUUAUAUGAGGAUUUGAAAAUUUCUCAAGAGGAAGUAGAUAACAACACGAAAAGGAAAUAUACUCCAUUGGAAUGGCAAUUGUUGGGGUUGACUAUGUUCAGAGUUUGGUAUUUGGAACAAGGAAUUUCAUGUCUAAGAACUAGUCUUUUGAAAAGAACAGAUCCAAUUAGUUGUGAGAAAAUAUUACAACUAUAUUUAGAACGAGAUUAUGAAAUGGAUUCACAGUCCUCCUCCUCGUCAUUAUUGAAUGAGGAAUUAUUGGUGGAGUUAGUAGUGAAAAAAAUAUCAUACGAGGCAAGAUUUUAUGAUACUUUACAAAUCUUUAAUAUGAACGUUUUAUUUAAAUUAUGUGAAGAAUUUGGAAUUGAUGCAAUAAGAGGUAGGAUCAUAACAUUACCUUUCAUUGAAGAAGGUAUAUUAACACUUACAGAUACCAUGUUGAACUGGAUUCAAGAAUCAGAAAGCACCGUUACAACAAAUAGUCUAGAAUCGAAAAAAGUUACCAUAUAA